AUUUACAGUUUGUUCUCCCGCUAAUGUAUUCAUUGGAAAAUAGAUAGCUGAGGGCUUCCGCCAUACAGCCUUGCCCCUUUGGACUCUGUUUCUCACUUACAUAACUAUAUGCCUGGCUGCACUUUCUGUCAGAUAAAAUGCAUUUAUGAUUGGAAAACACGUUUUUCACUGUUGUGUUCUAUGUUCACUUUCAUACCCUUGAACUUUAGCUCAGUGUUAUAAAUAAGGCCCUUAUAAACACUAAAACCUUGUAUUUUACCCAGCCACUCCAUGCUCUCAGUCAGUGGCCAUAGUCUUUGGCAAUUUUAAUGAAUUUAUGUCAUCCUAAUAAAGAUUACAUCAGGUGUGAUUGGAAAAUGUAACAUAUCAGUCACUGAGCUGAUUUUCUGGAAGGUUGCAGGGGCUGAUAUCCAGCUUGAAGGUUAGCCAUGGAGUGGACAAGAGUGGCCCUUGUUGCUUUGUUUCUGCUGGUAACUCUGGGAUCCUCAAGAGCCAAGGUUGAGGAGGAGGACCCUGAAUUCUGGAGGUCAAAGGCUAAGCAGACUUUACAAUCAGUACUAGACAGGAAGCUGAACAACAAUGUUGCCAAGAACAUCAUGCUCUUCCUUGGGGAUGGAAUGGGAAUUACAACCUACACUGCUGCCCGUAUCCUCAAGGGACAGCUGCAGAACCAGACUGGAGAAGAGACGGUGAUGACCAUGGACACCUUCCCACAUGUGGGGCUGGCUAAGACCUACAGUGUAGACUUCCAGAUUCCAGACAGCGCAGCCACGGCCACAGCGUAUUUGUGUGGAGUAAAAACUAACCUGAACACCGUUGGAGUCAGUGCAGCUGUUCGCAACGGGGUCUGCAUGACUCAGAAGGGGAAUGAGGUCACCUCUAUCAUGAAAUGGGCUAAAGAUGCAGGUAAGUCUGUGGGCAUUGUGACGACCACCCGGGUGCAGCAUGCCACCCCAGCAGCCACCUACGCCCACAGUGCCAGCAGGAAGUGGUACAGCGAUGCAGACAUGCCUGACGUGGCCAAGAAGGACAACUGCACUGACAUUGCAUUCCAGCUAAUCAAAAACAUAGACAUCGACGUGAUCAUUGGUGGAGGCAGAAAGUACAUGACACCUAGGGGCAUCAAGGACCCAGAGUACCCUGGUGAUAUAUUUUCCUGGGGUACAAGAAGAGAUGGACGAAACCUAAUCCAGGAGUGGCAGAGCAUGAAAACAGGAAAGGUAGCCCACUAUGUAUGGAAUAAAACUGAUUUUGAUGCUGUUGACCCUGAAGCUACAGACUACCUCAUGGCUCUGUUUGAACCCGGGGAUCUGCGUUAUGAGGUAGAGAGGGACCCAAGCAUGGAUCCGUCCAUUGUUGAGACCACAGAAAAGGCCAUCCGGAUCUUGCAGAAAAACCCAAAAGGUUUCUUCCUGCUAGUGGAGGGGGGGAGAAUCGACCAGGCCCACCAUGCAGGUCGGGCUUACAUGGCUCUCCAUGAGGCUGUGGCUUUCGAUGACGCCAUUGCCAAAGGACUCAAUCUAACCAAAGAGGAGGAAACUCUUACUAUAGUGACAGCCGACCACUCCCACCCUCUCACCUUGAAUGGAUUCCCUUUUCGAGGUCAAAGCAUUCUGGGUAAAUCCCCUCUGUGGGGUACAGACUUUCUACCUUACACCACGCUGAUGUACGGCAAUGGACCUGGUCACAAAAUCAUUGACGGCAAGCGCCCUGACAUCCGCAAUGUCACCACCAAAGAUAAAGACUACGUCCAGCUUUCUGCCGCCCCCUCAGAUUCCACCACCCACAGCGGGGAGGAUGUUGCAGUGCUGGCCCGUGGACCCAUGGCUCACCUCUUCAGUGGGGUCCAGGAGCAAAAUUACAUUGCCCAUGCUAUGGGCUACGCUGCCUGUGUGGGUGCUGACAUGAGGCACUGCCAGGGGUAGGCGUUACCACCUGUAAACCCCCCCAACAGGUCUUGGGCAGUUCAGCCUUCAGCAGCUCUGUUCAGCAGUCUCCUCAGUUUGCUGCUGGCCUUAACCAUACUCAUGUAACACCCCCACUCCCCGAGUGACAAAUUUAUUACACGACCUUAAUGAGUUGUGGCCUAAAUAAGUACUAUAUUAAAUUAUACUAAUGUAUUAUCAAGAUGUAAGUCAGUCUCAUGCAUUUUGCCAUUAUUUAAACAAUAAUAUUAUGAAUCAGAUGUGAUUCUUAUUCUUUCUUUUAAAAAAUCAGUUGUUAUAGACUCAAAAAGCCCAGAGGUCCAACUGUGUCUCAGCACUUUGACUUAUUUUCACCCUCAGAUAAGGACAUGUCAAACCUAAACAUGAAGUGUCAUGUCCAGGGAAACCUUAGCUCUGACUUGCUGGGUCUCAGGCUCUUAGCUAGUGCAAUAUUCCAUCUUUCAUAUGUUUCUCUGUCCAGGAGUCUAGACUUGCGGUCUCCACAACUGGCCUGGGUGGCUCUAAGGCUCUAAGGGAUGAGAGCAGGCAACAGGUGUCUGUACAACAAACUUGGGUGUUUGGAUGAAAUGAGUGUUUUUGAUCCCCAUCUCAAUACUAUAGCCGAUAGGUGAAAGGGCACUUAUAAUUGUAAGUCUCAGUCCCAAGGGAACAGAAUCUCUUCUGGUGUAAAGAAAAAUAUUUUCUUAGGAAAGAUAUGUAGAAAAACAAAGGGUUUCCAGAGUGCUGCAGGGAAACAGUCUCCUGAAAGUUGCAGGCAGACAGUCUUAGGCUAUGUUGACAAAAAUAGCGAAAUAAAUUUCAGCAGUCACACUUGGACCAGGUGAUCAGACGGAACUGUAAAGGUUUACACUGAGGACCCGUAAAUUAAGCCAUGACACAGGAGCAAGCUAAAAAUCAUUAGAGGGUAUAAACUUGGCCGAUCACAAGGAGAUAGAUGAGAGCAAGGAAAAACUGCUGGCUCUCUAUUAGGAGAAGGCGGUCAAUAAUCUGGCAGAGAGGCAGAGGCUGGGGAGAGCUUAUGAAGUACUACGCUCAGGUGAAACAGAGAGGCAAUUAGGGAUGGCACAGGUGGGCUGAAUGAGAAUGAUUGAAAUGGAGAGACAAGGCAGAAAGAGCGUGGAGACAUGAAAACAGAAAUCCCAGGCAUGGUGUGACAAAAACUUGAAUCAUUACAGGAACACCAUAACUGCUUAUUAAGAUGGAAGCGGAGCUUCACACAUCUCACUUUUUUAUUUCUUCUUCUUCUCUGACAUGGCAUUGAGGUGUCUCGCUUUUAAAAUCCUGCUGACUUCCUGAAAUUUUCCACUAUAUCUUGUGACAGCUUCAACAGUGAGAAAACAAACUUGGAAGAUGAAGUGUUUCUAAGGACACAUUCAAUAUGAUGUUUUUGGGAACAAAUGUGUCAAAACCAUCUGCUAACUUUAUCAAGGAUGGAAAUAUUUCAGCACAUUAUCCCAGAAAAACCCUCUAUUAAAACUCUCUUAAACGCCUUCCACAUGAGAGUCAAAGGUGUGACAAUAAUUACUGGUGACAAGCAGAGCUAUAACAUAAUACGAGAGAAUUAUUUAACCAUCUUAACUCUGAAUAAUAAAGGAAAAGAGAGAGACAUCAGCUUUCUUUAUCAGUUCAAGGUCUUUUCUCUGUCUCCCUGAACCUAGAAUUAGAAACAAACAGUCUGUACUGACCUGGGGAAAAAGUGUCUCAUCUGAAUGAACCUUAAUCUGCUCAGUAUAUUGGCUGAUAGGUACAAAAAAAAACAUUUGCAGGUAGAAGGAAAAUACUCAGAUUGUUUACCAUAAAAAAAAUGUAUCAGGAGUGGCUGUGAUGCAGAAAACAAUUGGUUUGGAUCAUAAUACAACCACACUGAUUCACAAAUAAAAAGGUGUCCUUACCUUACCUUGUUUUAAGUCCAUAUCCAAACUUUGUCCUAAAACCUUUUACACUGACAAGAUGUCCAACUAAUAUCAACAACUGGUCUGGAUAGCUUUUUCCCUUAAGUGAAAACAUCAUUGGAAAAUGGCAUUUUUGUAUUUACAUCUGGUUCUCUUUGUCUGAUAUUAAUAUUUGUUUGAUAAUAUACAACAUUUAAAUGUUACAAAAACCAAAACCACAAAUCUGUAAGAAGACAAAUACCUUUUAUUCCUAUAACAUAAUUCUGUUUGGAUAUUUUACCAUUUCUUUUGGCAGACAUAUUAGAGUUUAUUUAAAUAUGUUGGUUUCCUGCUGUGCCCUGGUUUUUCAACAAAGUCCAAAAAAUGUCAGUAGGGUUGAGGUCCUUCCAGAGGCCAAAGGUUAGUUGCAUCAUCCAAUCCAAAAUGAGUUCCUAUAUGGAUUUGACCUAAACUGUCACCCUCAGAUUAAAUACAAUAUUGAUCAAGAUGAUCAGGACCAACCCAGGAACCACCAAGGUGAAAAAUCUGCCAUCAACUGAAAACUUUUGGUAAACCAGCAACACUUUCCACAGUGAAGCAAGUUUAACAUCAACAUGGACAGAGUCAGUGCAGACCAGGAAAAAAGCAUCUGCACCUUUAAAUAGUUGGAAUUUGUAGCAGCCCGUGCAGAUGAGUCAAAUGUCAACUGUGCAUCUGGAGGAAGCUUUUUAAGGUUGAGACAAAAAUUUAGCUAUUUAACCAGAGUAACACAGAAUGUUUAAAAGAGUCAGCAAAGUGAUGUUAGCAUCAUACUAAAGGUUUAUUUUGCUGCCAGUGGCUCUACUUCCAAAUACCUUCACCACAUAUUGGUAGAAAUAUAAUAUACACACUAAAUUUAUAUGAUUAAAUAAUUUAUAGAUGUGAUGUAAAAUGCAUGUAGGACCAGUGAAGCUGACUAAUAAGAUUUUAGUUGCAGUAGGUUAUAAUUUUCCAACCUGUGAUGCAACAGGCGUCCAAGUAUGGCUCCUUUUUGCUUUGAUCCUUUCCUCCAUUAUCUACUGUGCUAAUUAAGGUUUGAGGCGGCGUGUUUCAUGAUAUCACCACGGCAGUCCAUUAAUAAUGCAAAAUAUUUAAAGUUUGUCUAUUUUUAUCUGUGACAGAUUGUAGUAAUUAUUCUGAACAUCUGGUGGGGAUUGGAGUUUGUUAAGCCUGAUUUGGACUCUUCUUGAGCUCAUUUAGCCUGGCCAGAGGCCCUCAUCAUGUUUGUUUCAGAUCCUCAUCUUUUACACAGGGACUCAGUCAUAGAUCAGAUAGUGGAGAAAAGCUUCACUUGGAGACAUAUUAAUAGAUGUAUAAAUGUAUAAAUACAAAAGGUGACAUAAACAUUGUGUGUUAAAGAGACAAAAACACAGAGAAUUAUUCAAGAAAUGCAUUAAACUUCACCUUCAGA